AUGGUGGGCACAAGACGUGCCCGUAAUAAUGCCAAUUCGAUGGUCAUACCGCGUCAGAACUCUGUGUCUGACAAUGGAAGGGCUCGUCAGAACCUUAGCCCUGAGGCAUUAGCAGCCAUGAAUAAGGAACAGCUCCGGGCAGAAUGCAGGAAACGGGGUCAACGGGCCACAGGCAACAAAAAUGAGCUGAUUUCAGACUCGGAACAACAAUUUGUGGAGCACACAAAGAGUGUGCUCAAAUCAAAUAUCCAGUUGUUGAGUUGGGUCUCAGCCCAGAUAUCUGGCCUGGCCAAUUCGUCGGAUUUUAAGCGCUCGCACUUAAGUCGUAGACUUUCCUCAUCACCAUCAGUCGCUCGAGAUCAUAUCACUCCAGACCCCCCAGACUGUGCCGAGAUGGUGGGACAAACGUAA